GCCAGAGAGAAUAAUACGGUAGAAGCACAAGGUGACAGGUGGCACGUGUGGAUAAACAAAUUGACAGCUGUUGUAAGAUACAUUUUGAAUUGCUCAGAAAUGGACUCGUGUAGUGUGGAGAAACUGAAAAUUCGCAUAAAAGAAUUAGAAGAGGAACUCCAGAAGGAGAAACAGAGAAAUUCUGGAGACACAGUAAGACAAAAAAUUGGACAGAUGUCAGCAGAAGUUGUCGACUCAAACCCGUAUAGUCGAUUAAUGGCUCUUAAACGCAUGGGUAUUGUAAAGAAUUAUGAGAAGAUUCGUGAUUUUACGGUAGCUGUGGUUGGAAUUGGCGGUGUUGGAAGUGUCACAGCUGAAAUGCUUACACGGUGUGGAAUUGGCAAGUUACUGCUAUUUGAUUAUGACAAAGUGGAGAUGGCAAAUAUGAACAGAUUAUUCUUUCAACCUCACCAUGCUGGUCUGUCAAAAGUUGAUGCAGCUGCCAAGACAUUAUCAUUCAUAAACCCAGAUGUUGUUAUGGAAACUUAUAACUACAAUGUUACUACUGUGGAUAACUUUCAAGAUUUUAUGGAGAGAAUAAGCCACGGAGGUUUGUCUGGAGGACCAGUGGACCUGGUACUUAGUUGUGUGGAUAAUUUUGAAGCUCGCAUGGCAAUAAAUACUGCAUGCAAUGAACUGAACCAGACAUGGUUUGAAUCUGGAGUAUCAGAGAAUGCUGUGUCAGGCCAUAUUCAGCUAGUAGAACCAGGCCGUUCAGCAUGUUUUGCUUGUGCACCACCUCUUGUUGUUGCAUCCAACAUUGAUGAAAAGACAUUGAAACGCGAGGGAGUAUGUGCUGCAAGUUUACCAACUACAAUGGGUAUUGUAGCAGGCUUCCUUGUGCAAAACACUCUCAAGUAUCUUUUAGGUUUUGGUCAAGUAACAUACUACCUAGGAUACAGUGCUCUACAGGAUUUCUUUCCAGUAAUGAAACUGCGCCCUAACCCAUCAUGUGAAGAUAAUUUUUGUAGGAAAAGACAGCAAGAAGAAGCUGCAAAACCUCAAACAGCAAAUGCUGAGGAAUGUGUAGAAAAGCAUUCACAGGAAAAUGUUGUACAUGAAGAUAAUGAAUGGGGAAUAUGCCUUAUAGAUGAAACCAACACAGAAGAGCAAGACAAAAGUGAAGUGAAGGUGGACUUAGGCUUUGUUUCUGGAGUGAAACCAGCAUACACACUUCCUGCAGAUGAUGACAGUAAUACACCAGCUGUUGGUGACACAGAUGCAAGCUUAGAGGAACUAAUGGCACAAAUGAAAGCUGUAUGAAUAAGUACCAACAAUUUGAUGUUUUAAUUGAUGUAAUUACAAAUAGAUGCAUUUUUCCAGUAAAAUGUUUUUAUUUUAUAAAA